AUGGGUGGCCGAUCUGGGAGAAAUCGGAUUCCACUAGAUGACCCCUUCUUGAAUGGUGUGCCACCUCUAGGACCCUAUCCUCCAGGACCCUAUCCACCAGGCAACGAUCCAAUUGGUGGAUUAGCUACAUAUGGUCCUUAUCCACGACCUGGUUCUGGACCUUACCCACCUGGAUCAAUGGGAAACAUGUAUGGACCACCACCUAUACGUCGACCUAACAAUUUAGGUGGUCGAUAUGCUCAAGGUUUUAAUCGAGCGCCUAGUAUGGUUCCGUGGAGUUAUGGAAAUUAUUAUUUGGGUAAUACUACAAUGCAGACAAUACCAUCUAUGUUUAAAAAAGUAGCUCAAUUAGGACAGAUACAGGCACUGUCUGCACUUGCGAAUCCUAGUUUAUUAGGUCCUGCAGCAAUGAUGCCAUGCAUGCCAGCGAUGCCAUGUAUGCCAGCGAUGCCAUGCAUCCCAGCAAUGCCACGCUUGCCAGCAAUGCCAUGCAUGCCAGCAAUGCCAUGCAUGCCACGCUUGCCAGUAAUGCCAUGCAUGCCAGCAAUACCAUGCAUGCCAGCAAUGUCAUGCUUGCCAGCAAUGCCAUGCAUGCCACCAAUGCCAGCAAUGCCAUACAUGCCAAUGAUGUCUUCUAGCAUGCCUUCUUCAUUCAGUAUGUCAAUGGCUGCUCCAAUGAUGGCUGCUGCUACUCCAUUACCUGUUGCAUUUAAUCCAUUAGUUCAAGGUAUGUAUCCAAUGGCAUCAAUGUGUCCUGUUAACUGGAUGACUCCAUCAUCGUUUAUGUCUGCUUUAAUAUCGGGUCCUAUGCCUUAUCGUCCACCAGUAUUUGAUUUUCCUAACAAUAUUGGUAUGAUCAUGACUAUUCCCUAUGGUACAUCGAAUCCUUUACUUUCAUCACCAAGUUAUGAUUCAUCAUUUAAUUACGGUGUCAGACCUUUUUCGUGUUAUUGGCCUGAUUCCAUGCCACCAGCAACAACACCUUCAUAUCCAAUGAUUAGUUAUUAUCCACAACCAUAUCCUUCUGUAUAUCCUGUUCCUCCAGCACUACCUUAUAUUCACAAUACAGCACUUCAAUCGUCUGUAUAUGCUGGUAUGCCAACCACAAUAGCUGGUUAUAACCCACCAUUAUCUAUACCAAGGGACGCUUCACUUAUGCCAUCACAAGGUGCUGUUACAAAUGUUGGUUUUACUCAACCUGCAGUACUGACAACCAAUAGCAAUUUGACUACAUCUAAAUUGAUAAAUAGUCAAUCAACAAAAUGUUCAUUACCAGUUUACAAUACAACAGAUCAAUCUCAACUUUUAAUAGGUCGAAAAGUUAUAUCCAGUAAUUCUAAUCUUCCAAUCAAUUGUGAUGAACGUUCAGAAAUCACACCAGAUACACUCAAAUAUCGAUAUAAAAUCUCUCAAACUCAUGAUACUACUCCUACUCGUCUUCGUCGUUAUGUAUCAUCAACCUCUCGUUCUAAUUAUAAAUCAACUACAUCUCGAGAUCGUAGGGAACCAACUUUACCUCCUAUAUUAAAUGGAUAUCUUAUAUCGGAUUCUGGUUGGUUACCGAAAAUUCCUGAAUCUAAUGCAAUAUCAUCUAUAGUUGGUAGUAAAAAACGAAAACGAAAAUCAUAUACAAUUGAAAAUGGUACAUCAGUAAUAGCUCCAACAAAUAGUCAUGUACCAUUUAUUUCACGACGACGUUCUCGUCAUGGAUCAAAAUCAUCAGCAUCUGAAUAUGAUUGUGUUAUAUGUCAGCAACAACGUGAAAAACAACGUUUACGUGGACAUUUUACUGAAUCAACGAUUUCAUCAUUAUUACAAUCAUCAAAAGGUUCACGUCAACAUCGUUUAUCGUCGAAUGAAUCUUCCUUAUCAUCAAAAGCACAUUCACCAAAAUCAUAUAAACAUGGUGAUCAUAAAUCAUAUCGUCGUCAUCGAAGACGAAUUAAACAUCAUAAUAAGAUAUCAUCAAAAAAAUCAAAUUCACCACGACAAUCACCCAUGCGUGAACGACAACAAGAUGAUACAAUACAUGAACUAGAAGAAAGAGAAAUUGAAAAUCAGGAAAUGGAAAAACAUUUUAUUGAUGAUGAUGAUUAUAUUCACGAUUCAGAUAAUGAACAACUUGAUCAUCAUGAAUCACCAAUUAAUAGUUUAAGAUCAUCAGAAGAAUAA